AAUCAAAUAGUUAAACAAUAAUAUUAGUUUGGUUGAAUGAGAGGUGGCUUGGAAAGUGAAGGGAAAUAGAGAAAGAGAGAAAAGAUCCACCAUGUGCUUGUUGAAAAGUCCAUUCUUGUGAGCCAAGACGAGUCAAACUGGGAUGGCAGACUCAGUUUUCAGCUUCUUACUCAAUCAACAAUUCAAAACAAUUCUUAGGAGGUUGCCCUCUUGCUUCUUCUUCUUCUUCUUCUGAGUCCCAUUUAAAAGUUAUACCUUUCACCUCUCAACAAGAGAAGUUAACCAUUUUUUUCAGUUUUUCAUCAUCAUCAUCAUUCUUGUAUAGAAAAACCAGAACUUGAUCUGGUUGGUCAUCUGUGUUUGUUCUUUACUUCCAUUUCAUUCAUUCUUUCAUUCUUUGGUUGUUGUUCAAUAUCAUCAUCUCUUUCUCUCUGAGAUUUGGUUUUGGUUUGAGUCUGAGUUUUCAAAGUUGGAUCUUGUUCAUCAUUGGAGCUGAGUUGAGACUUGAAAGAGCUUGAAUCUUUGUGAGAUAUGGCUGGGGGAAGGAGAAGGAAGCAUCACUUUAGUAGAAUCCAUGCAUUCUCAUGUGGGAAAGCUUCAAUGAAAGAUGAGCAUUCACUCAUUGGAGGACCUGGUUUCUCAAGGAAAGUGUAUUGCAAUGACCCUGAUCGUGCUUAUUCAAGUCUUCAGUAUUAUGGUGACAAUUAUGUGAGUACUACUAAGUAUACGUUGGCCACGUUUCUUCCCAAGUCCUUGUUUGAGCAGUUCAGGAGGGUUGCAAACUUUUACUUCCUUGUCUGUGCUAUUUUGUCUUUCCUCCCUGUCUCUCCUUACUCUGCCUUCAGCAAUGUUUUCCCUCUUGUGGUUGUGGUUGCUGCUACAAUGAUUAAGGAGUUUAUUGAGGAUUUCCAGAGGAAAAAACAGGAUAUAGAAAUGAAUAACAGAAAAGUUAAAUUACAUCAAGGAGGUGGUGUUUUUGACUAUUCUAAAUGGAGGGAUUUGAAAGCUGGAGACAUAGUGAAGGUGGAAAAAGAUGAGUUCUUCCCAGCUGAUCUCAUCUUGCUUUCAUCAAACUAUGAUGAUGCAAUUUGCUAUGUUGAGACAAUGAAUCUUGAUGGAGAAACGAAUCUUAAACUGAAACAAGCACUGGAAGGAACUUCGAAGUUGCAAGAAGACUCAAGUUUUCAACAUUUCAAGGCUGUCAUCACAUGUGAAGAUCCUAAUGCAAAUCUGUACACAUUUAUAGGCAGUUUGGAGCUCGAGGAUCAACAGUUUCCCCUUGCACCUCAGCAGCUACUUCUUAGGGACUCUAAGCUGAGAAACACAGAUUUCGUUUAUGGUGUGGUGAUAUUUACUGGUCAUGAUACAAAGGUUAUGCAGAAUUCAACAGAUCCUCCGUCCAAGAGAAGCAAAAUUGAGAAACGAAUGGACAAGGUUAUCUACUGCUUGUUCUUCGUCCUAUUUUUGGUUUCUCUCAUCGGGUCCAUAUUCUUUGGGAUAUGGACAAAGAAGGACCUUAAAAAUGGAAGAAUGAAGAGAUGGUACCUUAGGCCAGAUGAUUCCACAGUUUACUAUGAUCCAACUCAAGCAGAAGCCGCAGCAAUUUUGCAUUUCUUGACAGCACUUAUGUUGUAUGGCUACUUCAUUCCAAUUUCCUUGUACGUCUCCAUUGAAAUUGUGAAAGUUCUCCAAAGCAUUUUCAUCAACCAGGAUGUGCACAUGUAUUAUGCGGAAACUGACAAGCCAGCACAUGCUCGGACAUCAAAUUUGAAUGAAGAACUUGGACAAGUUGAUACCAUACUUUCAGAUAAAACAGGAACUUUGACUUGCAAUUCUAUGGAAUUUAUCAAGUGUUCUAUUGCUGGGACUGCUUAUGGAAGAGGAGUAACAGAAGUUGAGAGAGCUUUCUCUAAGAGGAGAGGACCUUAUGGUCAUCAGUUGAAUAAUGACAACAAUAUUGUUGAAUCAAAGUCAUCUAUUAAAGGGUUUAACUUUAUGGAUGAAAGGAUCAUGAAUGGAAAUUGGGUAAAGGAGUCCAAUGCUAAGGCAAUCCAGAACUUCCUACGGUUGUUGGCUGUAUGCCAUACUGCAAUACCUGACAUUGAUGAAGAAACUGGCAAGGUUUCAUAUGAAGCUGAAUCACCUGAUGAGGCAUCUUUCGUGAUUGCAGCCAGAGAACUUGGUUUUGAAUUCUAUGAAAGGACCCAUACAGCUAUUUCACUGCGUGAAUUAGACCCCAAGUCUGGCAAUAAAACUGAAAGGUCUUACAAACUUCUAAAUAUAUUGGAGUUUAGUAGUGCAAGAAAGAGGAUGUCUGUCAUUGUAAGAGAUGAGGAUGGGAAACUACUACUACUCAGCAAAGGCGCUGACAGUGUCAUGUUUGAUCUACUUGCAAAGAAUGGAAGGGAGUUUGAAGAGAAGACUAAGCAGCAUAUUAGUGAGUAUGCUGAUUCUGGUUUGAGGACCUUGAUACUCGCAUAUCGUGAACUUCAUGAGGAUGAGUACAAUCAAUUUAAUAAAGAGUUAACAGAGGCCAAGAACUUAGUGAGUGCAGAUCAGGAGCAGAUUGUAGAGAAUAUAUUACAACAUAUGGAGAAGGAUUUAAUUCUUCUUGGUGCUACUGCAGUUGAAGACAAACUACAAGACGGGGUUCCUGAAUGUAUUGACAAACUAGCGCAGGCUGGGAUUAAGCUAUGGGUUUUGACUGGUGAUAAAAUGGAGACAGCAAUUAAUAUUGGAUUCGCUUGUAGUUUACUCAGACAAGGAAUGAGGCAAAUUAUAAUUAGCUCAGAUACUCCUGAACACAAAUCACUGGAGAAAAUGGAGGACAAGUCUGCUGCUGAAGCGGCAAUUAAGGCAAGUGUAGUUCAACAAUUAAGGGAGGCAAAGACAUUAAUUUCUACCUCAGAUGAAAACCCUGAGGCGUUAGCUCUGAUCAUUGAUGGGAAGUCUCUUACUUAUGCACUUGAAGAUGAUGUGAAGGACUUGUUUCUUGAACUUGCAAUUGGCUGUGCAUCUGUUAUAUGCUGUCGUUCAUCUCCCAAGCAAAAAGCACUUGUUACAAGACUGGUGAAGAGCAGAACUGGUAGUACAACUCUAGCUAUUGGAGAUGGGGCAAAUGAUGUUGGAAUGCUCCAAGAAGCAGACAUUGGGAUUGGUAUCAGUGGUGUUGAAGGAAUGCAGGCUGUUAUGUCAAGUGAUAUUGCAAUUGCCCAAUUUCGGUUUCUGGAGCGCUUACUUCUCGUGCAUGGACAUUGGUGUUACAGAAGAAUCUCAUCAAUGAUCUGCUACUUCUUUUACAAGAAUAUCACCUUUGGCUUCACUCUCUUCUUCUUUGAGAUGUAUGCCUCAUUCUCAGGGCAAUCUGCAUACAAUGACUGGUUCAUGUCACUAUAUAAUGUAUUCUUCACCUCACUUCCAGUAAUUGCUUUGGGAGUGUUUGACCAGGAUGUCUCUUCUAAAUUAUGUUUCAAGUUUCCAUUAUUAUAUCAAGAAGGAGUGCAAAACAUCCUCUUUAGCUGGAAACGAAUCUUUGGUUGGGCAAUCAACGGGGUCUCAAGUUCUGCCAUCAUAUUCUUCUUUUGCAUUCGCGCUUUCAAGCACCAAGCAUUCCGCGAAGGUGGUGAAGUUGUUGGACUGGAAAUUCUUGGUGCCACCUUGUACACUUGUGUUGUGUGGGUGGUGAAUUGCCAAAUGGCCUUAUCUAUCAGUUACUUCACUUAUAUACAACAUUUUGUCAUCUGGGGAAGCAUUCUGUUAUGGUAUGUGUUCCUCAUGGCAUAUGGAGCCAUAGACCCCACCCUCUCCACCACUGCCUAUAAGGUCUUCACUGAAGCUCUUGCACCAUCUCCAUCUUAUUGGGUUGUCACUUUGCUUGUUGUUGUUGCUGCCCUCCUUCCAUAUUUCGCUUAUUCUUCCAUCCAAAUGCGGUUCUUCCCCAUGUAUCAUCAAAUGAUUCAGUGGAUAAGAAAGGAUGGCCAGACAAGUGAUCCGGAAUAUUGUGAUAUGGUGCGACAGAGAUCAAUACGACACACAACAGUUGGAUUCACAGCGCGUUUGGAAGCAUCUAGACGUUUUGAAGCAUCCAAACGUCAUGAACCAUACAUAGCACCUUUUCAAAUUCAUGGGAGGUCUGCGAGUCAAUAACCUGAUAUUUUUUCAUUUUCUUUUUUUCUUUUCACUUUGUUGGAUGUCUUAUUCAUUGGUAAAAACAUAGGUGUACAUUAAAUUUCUUUCAUAGGUUACAACCUUCUUUCAUUUGUACAUAUUUGAGGGAAAGGGGUAUCUUCCUGAUGACAUUAGUUAUUUAAGGAAGUUUCUGUACCUUAGAUUUUGUUCAGAAGUUUAUAAUAAAAUUUGGCUGCUUAAAGAUCAGAGAUAAGGUUUAGGUCAACAUUGUAUCAUCAUCAUUGUAUAAGAUUUAUUGUAGGAUAGAAGAAUAAUAUGUUUACUUUGACUCA